UCUGAGCGUCCCCGACCAACGCCACCGGCCCACUGGCAGGCCGACGAGGGAGCGGCCGCGCCCGGCCGGCAGCGCGGGGGUUAAGUGGCCCAAGUAAACGCAGCUCGGCGAUCGGCGCCGGAGAUUCGCGAGCCCAGCGCUCUGCACGGCCGCCCGCCGGCCUUGCUCCAGCCUGUCCGGACCCGCGGCUCAACCGCGGAGCCGCGCUCGAGUCAGGCUCUCGGCAGGAAACAAUGAAGGGAGACACCAGACAACUCAACAGAGAGGAGGAUGCCAGCGGAAGGGAGGACUCCGUCAUCACCAAUGGGGGCUGCAGCGACCAGUCUUCCGACUCCAAGGACGCACCCUCGCCCCCCAUCCUGGAGGCUGUCAGCACCCCGGAGAUAAGAGGCCGCAGAUCAAGUUCACGACUCUCCAAGAGGGAGGUCUCCAACCUGCUAAGUUAUACUCAGGAUUUGACGGGCGAUGGAGAUGAAGGGGAAGACGGAGACGGCCCUGACACUCCAGUGAUGCCGAAACUGUUCCGGGAAACCAGGACGCGGUCUGAAAGCCCGGCUGUUCGCACCCGAAAUAGCACCAGUGCCUCUAGCCGAGAGAGGUACAGGCCCUACCUACGUUCUACCCGAGGCCGGCAGGCCCGCAAUCACGUGGAAGAGUCCCCUGUGGAGUUCUCAACUACCAGGUCCCUGAGGCGGCGGACAGCAGCCUCGGCAGGCACACCGUGGCCAUCCCCAGACGGCUCCUACCUCACCAUCGACCUCACAGAUGACAGCGUGGUGCCCCAGAGCAGCAGUACCCCCUACACCCGCCUGGCCCAGGACAGCCAACAGGAGAACUCGGACUUCCCCCAGGUGGAUGCAGAGGGCAGAGAUGCAGACGGCACCGAGUAUCAGGAUGGGAAGGAGUUUGGAAUAGGGGACCUCGUGUGGGGAAAGAUCAAGGGCUUCUCCUGGUGGCCUGCCAUGGUGGUGUCUUGGAAGGCCACCUCCAAGCGCCAGGCCAUGUCCGGGAUGCGGUGGGUCCAGUGGUUUGGCGAUGGCAAGUUCUCCGAGGUCUCCGCAGAUAAGCUGGUGGCCUUGGGGCUAUUCAGCCAGCACUUUAAUCUGGCGACCUUCAAUAAGCUGGUCUCUUAUAGGAAGGCCAUGUACCACGCUCUGGAGAAAGCCAGGGUGCGGGCUGGCAAGACCUUCCCCAACAGCCCCGGAGACUCGUUGGAGGACCAGCUGAAGCCCAUGUUGGAGUGGGCCCAUGGGGGCUUCAAGCCCACCGGGAUCGAGGGCCUCAAACCCAACAACAAACAACCAGUGGUUAAUAAGGCGAAGGUGCGUCGUGCAGGCGGUGGGAACUUAGAAUCGAGGAGAUACGAGAACAAGACUCGGAGGCGUGUAGCUGACGACUCGACCACCUCCGCUGACUACUGCCCCCCACCCAAGCGCCUCAAGACAAACUGCUAUAACAAUGGCAAAGACCGAGGAGAAGAAGACCAGAGUCGAGAGCAAAUGGCUUUGGAUGUUGCCAGCAACAAGAGUAGUCUGGAAGACAGCUGUUUGUCCUGUGGUAGGAAAAACCCUGUGUCCUUCCACCCUCUCUUUGAGGGUGGGCUCUGCCAGACAUGCCGGGACCGGUUCCUCGAGCUGUUCUACAUGUACGACGACGACGGCUACCAGUCCUAUUGCACCGUGUGCUGCGAGGGCCGCGAGCUGCUCCUGUGCAGCAACACGAGCUGCUGCCGGUGCUUCUGUGUGGAGUGCCUGGAGGUGCUGGUGGGCGCAGGCACGGCAGCAGAUGCCAAGUUGCAGGAGCCCUGGAGCUGCUACAUGUGCCUGCCUCAGCGCUGUCACGGGGUCUUGCAGCGCCGGAAGGACUGGAACGUGCGCCUGCAGGCCUUCUUCACCAGUGACACGGGUCUCGAAUAUGAAGCCCCCAAGUUAUACCCUGCGAUUCCUGCAGCCCGAAGGCGGCCCAUUCGAGUCUUGUCCCUGUUUGAUGGGAUUGCCACAGGGUACCUGGUCCUCCGAGAACUGGGCAUCAAGGUAGAGAAGUACGUCGCCUCUGAAGUGUGUGAAGAGUCCAUCGCUGUUGGCACUGUUAAGCAUGAAGGCAAUAUCAAAUAUGUGAAUGACGUCAGGAACAUCACAAAGAAAAAUAUUGAAGAAUGGGGCCCCUUUGACUUGGUGAUUGGUGGAAGCCCAUGUAAUGAUCUCUCAAAUGUGAACCCUGCCAGGAAAGGCCUGUACGAGGGCACAGGCCGACUUUUCUUCGAGUUCUACCACCUGCUGAAUUACUCGCGCCCCAAGGAGGGUGAGGACCGGCCCUUCUUCUGGAUGUUUGAGAACGUGGUAGCCAUGAAGGUUGGCGACAAGAGGGACAUCUCUCGGUUCCUGGAGUGUAAUCCAGUGAUGAUUGAUGCCAUCAAAGUGUCUGCUGCUCACCGGGCCCGCUACUUCUGGGGCAACCUGCCUGGGAUGAACAGGCCUGUGAUAGCUUCAAAGAAUGAUAAACUCGAGCUGCAGGACUGCUUGGAGUUCAAUAGGACAGCAAAGUUAAAGAAAGUGCAGACAAUAACCACCAAGUCGAACUCGAUCAGACAGGGGAAAAACCAACUUUUCCCUGUUGUCAUGAAUGGCAAAGAAGAUGUUUUGUGGUGCACUGAGCUAGAAAGGAUCUUCGGCUUUCCCGUGCACUACACAGACGUGUCCAACAUGGGCCGUGGGGCCCGCCAGAAGCUGCUCGGGAGGUCCUGGAGUGUGCCUGUCAUCCGACACCUCUUCGCCCCCCUGAAGGACUACUUUGCCUGUGAAUAGUCCCCCUGGGGCUCUGGGGUGGGGGGGGCAGAGCCAGAACCCAGGAGGUGCAUCCCAGGCUCUGCCCUCCCUCAGCUCAGCUGUGUGGGGUCACACCGCGUACCUCGCCAGAGCCACCUGACACCCUCCUGGCAGGGGGAGCCCAAGGUGCCACCUUCUUGCGCACAAUUCAACCUGGCUGCUUGGAGUGGCCAAACACGGUGCUCAUUUUGUCUUCUCCUAAAACUUUGAAACUUGAAGUAAUUAGUAAAGAUGGCUUUUCCCCCCCCUCCUGGGUUUACUGCUCAGAAACAAUGGCUAAUAUACCAAAACCACAGUGCCAACAGCUCUUCAAUACUCAGGUUAAGGCUGAAAAGUCACCCGAGACAGUUACUGCAAGACUUUGCCUUCAAACGUCUGUGGCAACUUGUUUCCAGGAGUGUGCAGUGUUAGACAUGUAGCAAAGGGACAUUUUAAGGGGCCAGGACACUUUUUCUAGGGCAGAAGAGGAAAUGAUGUCUCUGUUAUGCUUGAAUUUUACCCAGCACAUUCCCCAAGCCUCAGUAUAAAGGGCUGGGAUUCGCUGUUGGGGCCCACUGAGAGUUUUCCACACUAACACUGAUUUCAGCAGGGAUGACCUUACCACAUUCAGGGCAAUUUCUUCCCACAGACCCAAAGGCAAGGCCAGCCUUCGUGAAAUCCCUCCCAGUGACUGCAAUAGAACCCUCCUGGGAGCUCAGGAAAGGGGUGGCUUGGGUCAUAAGCUGACAUAUUAUGCAGGCAGGCAUCUUGCUGUCUCUUCCAUGUGUGGGGAUGAACAUGGGGGGCUUAGUUUAGGACCCUCCCAGGUGCACCCUCCAGACUUCUGUAGACACAGCACCUCCAUAUUAGAAGUAUGACCCUGAUUCCUCAGCCUUUCUCUAAACUCAGAAGCAGUGACUGCCAGGGCAGAAGCACAGCCCCCUCAUCUUAGAGAUAGCAGGGGGAAAAUUGCAAUAAAAGCUCAACCCUCCCUCCAGAGAUUUUAAAGUCUUAUUCCACAAUAAAUCGUUUUUUAGGAAUAACAGGAGGUAGGACAAAAGCUGCAUUUCAGAAAUGCCAUUGUAAUGGUUUUUAACACCUUUUAGUCAUCUUACUGGUGCUAUUUUGUAGAAUAAGGAGUAACUUUGACAAGUCUUGUGAGAAUUUUUUAAUACACUUUUUAAAAAAAAACCUGACUUCUAUUUUUGUUUUACCAUUUUCAUAAAUUUUUUUUUUUUUUGUAAUCGUAGCCACGUAACAAGAAUGGGGAAAA